AUGGUCACACCCCAGCAGCAGUGUAGUCCCCCUGCAAAGGACGGGGACUGGAACAACUAUCGAGACAUCAUCAUAACCCUAUACUUGGAACAGAACAAGAGCUUGAAAGAGGUCAUGCGCAUUAUGCGGGAGAAUUACCAUUUCUUCGCGACGGAAAAGAUGUACAAGAUCCGCUUCAACAAAUGGGGCAUACACAAAAAACUAAGAGCUCCCCAGGUCGCCGAGCUUCUGGCUCAGCGGGGUCGCCGCGCCGCCGCCGGCAAAUCAACCGUAUCCUUCGUUCACGGUCGUAAGAUUGAUGCGGAUAGGCUUGAAGCGUACCUCCGACGAGUCUCACCCACCAGCCGGAAGGCAAUUACGGAUAUCCUCGUCGGCAAUGUUGUUCCGACCGAUGCCCAGAAGCGUAGCGUAUAUGAGAUUGUGUGCCGCACUCCGUCCCCCGAACCGAACCCGGUGUUUGCCCCGAAGCGCGUGGAGGCACCCGACAGCCUACGGCUUCCCGAAGAUUGUAUGCAGAUAGUGCAAAGCUACGUAAAAGGCGCCUUAGAAAACGUCUGGCCGUUGACUCCUGACAAAAGAGUGAUAUGUCCACUCCGGCCGAGGACGUGGUUGGACCCCGUGUCAUCCGCCAGACAACUGUUCGUCAACAACUUCAGAGAACAAGGCUUCCGCAUGCUAAACAUAACCUUCGAAAGCUACCGAGAAGUAUUGUUACGGCAAGAUCCAUCGCUACUCGUCGAAACAUGCCUUGCCUUGGGUGCACUCCUACAAUCCGGACCAGGCCUUGCCGAGGCCUUCGUCAAGUACGCCUACAGCAUGUCCCAGAUCACCUUAGGUCCUAGACACCCAUUGCACCUAAUAUUUGGUAGAUUAAAUGCCGUCGGACCGGCCGAAAUGCCGGGUUUGAUGGCUUUAAUCAUACGGGGCUUUCUGCAAGAGAUACAAGCCAAUUACUGCCUCAAGCCGACGUGGCUAGCAACGGUAUAUCGAGCCAUGCUCAACAGUCGCUUUAUAGGUGCGGAUACGGCAACAAGGUACAUGCAAGAACUCGUCACGGACCUCAAUUCCUUGUCGCCACUGUCGGAGCACGACGCUGCGAAGAAGGCCCACAAUCUCGACGACAUGCGCCUGCUGCAGGACCACUUGUCGUGGAUAACGAACUUCCACGACAAGCCGACGGAGGCGUCCAUGUCUGCGCACACGCUGGCCGCGACGAGGGGGAGGAAGAACCCGCGGAUGACGCGCUUCAGCUGCUACAACAUGCUGCGCACGUUCCCGACGAGCCGCGGGGUCAGCAGCCAGGAGGCCAUCGACCUGAUGAGGGCGAGCCUGGCGAUCUGCGAGGAGGAAUUCGGGCGCAACGACAACGCCACCGUGACGCUGCUCGCCACGCUGCACGGGUUCCUGGCGCGCGCGGGCCGGGCGGAAGAGGCGCAGAAGGUGCGCGAGGACUUCGAGACGCGCUGGAACGAAGCCAUGGGCGAUACCUUGGGCGGUAGGAUCGCCUGA